AUGACUACAGUUGAACAACUUGAAACUGUUGAUAUCACUAAAUUGAAUGCCAUUGCCGCUGGUACUAAUAAGAAAGUGCCCAGAGUGGUGGCUGCUGGGUUAGGUGGUAGAUUAAUGGGUACCUCCGAUUUAGUCAAAGUCACUGCUGAAGAAAUCACCAAGGAUUCAAUGGAAUCAUUGGCAGAAAAGGAUGCCAGAGAAAAGGCAAAAUACGCCAACAGAAAGCACAUUUCAGAAGAGCCAUGGACUUUAAGCAAUUUUUUCCAAAAAAUAAAUUGGCUUAAUAUGGUUUUGGUUGUUUUCAUCCCUGCAUUUGGAGCUUACUGUGCGUGGUAUUACCCACCACAAUUGAAGACUAUAGUGUUGGCAUUUGUCAUGUAUGCAUUCAGUGGUGUUUCAAUUACUGCUGGUUAUCAUCGUUUGUAUUCUCAUAAAUCAUAUGAUGCCGCUUUGCCAGUGAGACUUUUCUUUGCCUUCUUCGGUGCUGGUGCCAUUGAAGGUUCAAUAAAAUGGUGGGGUCAUUCUCACCGUAUUCACCACAGAUACACCGAUACUUCGAGAGACCCAUACGAUGCCCGAAGAGGGUUCUGGUUUUCCCACAUGGGAUGGAUGUUGACUAAAGCCAACCCUAAAAACAGAGCUAGAGCCGAUAUUUCCGACCUUGUUGCCGACUGGGUUGUCACCUUCCAACACAGACAUUAUUUGUUGAUCAUGGUUGCAGCUGCAUUUGUUUUCCCAACUUUGGUUGCUGGGUUAGGUUGGGGUGACUAUUGGGGAGGAUUCAUUUAUGCUGGUAUUUUGAAAUGUUUUGCCAUCCAACAAGCCACUUUCUGUGUCAACUCUUUGGCCCAUUGGAUUGGUGUCCAACCUUUUGACGAUAGAAGAACUCCACGUGAUCACGUGUUGACGGCAUUUGUGACAUUUGGUGAAGGUUACCAUAACUUCCAUCAUGAGUUCCCUAGUGAUUACAGAAAUGCUUUGAAGUGGUACCAGUACGAUCCAACCAAGGUCACCAUUUGGUGUUUAUCUAAACUUGGGUUGGCUUGGAACUUGAAGAAGUUUUCCCAGAAUGCCAUUGAACAAGGCUUAGUCCAGCAACAACAAAAGAAGCUUGAUAGAAUGAAGGCUAAAUUGAACUGGGGUGCAGAAAUUGAGAAAUUGCCUGUGUGGACUAGAGAAGAAUUCAACGAAAGAGCUAAACAGGAAGGAUUGAUUAUAAUUUCUGGUAUAAUUCACAAUGUUAAGGACUUCAUUAAAGAACACCCCGGUGGUCAAGCUCUUGUUAGGGCUUCUUUGGGUAAAGACGCCACAAAGGCUUUCAACGGUGCUGUGUAUGCUCAUUCGAACGCUGCUCACAACUUGUUGGCAACCAUGAGAGUUGCUGUGGUUAAAGAUGGUGACGUUCAUGCCGAUACCUUUGAUUUACAACAACAAAUGAUGGAGAAAGAAAAACAAUCUUAG